GGAAAAACUGCAGACCUGGAGUUUGUCCACGUUUACAGCGCUCCGCUCCACAUCAUCUCCCACCCUGCAGGCCUGUACCUGAACGCACCUUAGAUUUCCUUUUUUUGUUUCUUUUAAAUCAGUUUUCAUCAUUAAAGCGAGCUGACCUUUGUGUAAAAACAUGUUUAGCCUGUGCCUGGUCGUGUCUUUCCUCUCUACGUGGCUUUCCGUGAAGUGUAACCCCAGUCCCGUCUUGGGAGACGUAGUCGUGGACAGAUACGACGUCCCCAAAGAUUGUCCGAGAGAGGCGAAAACCGGGGACUCAGUCCGCUACCAUUAUAACGCCACGUUUCUGAACGGGAGCGCGUUAGAUUCAAGCCACCAGAGAGGAGCAGCUAAAGUGGGUCUGAUCGGGGAGGGUCGGCUCAUCGCUGGGGUGGACAAAGGCCUGCAGGGGAUGUGCGUAAAGGAGCGCAGGAGGAUCACCGUCCCUCCUCACUUGGCUUAUGGAAGCACAGGCGCAGGGGACGCGGUUCCUCCAGAUACCACCCUGGUGUUUGAUGUCCACCUCCUGGAUCUGUGGAACAAAGACGAUCUGGUCGUCACCAAAACCAUCAGCACUCCCAAAGACUGCAAACGCUCCGUGAUGCGCACCGACUUCGUGCGUUACCACUUCAACGGCACGCUGCUCGAUGGCACCCCCUUCGACUCCAGCUACACCAGGAAGCAGACCCACAACUCUCUGGUGGGUGAAGGUUGGCUGAUCAAAGGCAUGGAUGAGGGGCUGCUGGGCAUGUGCGUGGGAGAGAUCAGGCACAUCACCAUCCCGCCGUUCAAAGCAUACGGAGAGAAGGGAUCCGGGACGGAGAUCCCUCCUCAGGCCACACUGGUGUUCGACGUCCUGUUGGAUGACAUUCACAACCCCAAGGAUAACAUCACCGUCGAGGACCAGGUGGUUCCCGAUCCGUGCAUUCGCAAGUCCGUGGUGGGCGACUACAUUCGGUACCAUUACAACGGAACGUUCCUGAACGGCGUCACCUUUGACACCAGUUAUCAAAGGAACGGCACUUACAACACGUACAUCGGGAUGGGGUAUGUGAUCCAGGGCAUGGACCAGGCCCUGCUGGGGGUCUGCAUCGGAGAGAGGAGGAGAGUCAUCAUUCCUCCUCAUCUGGCUUAUGGAGAGCAAGGAGCUGGUGAUGUGAUCCCACCGUCAGCAGCUCUGGUCUUCGACGUCCACGUCGUCGACUUCCAUAACCCCAGUGAUAAGGUCGAGAUCCAUGUCACCUUCAGACCUGAGGCGUGCAACGACACCACGGCUGUCAACGACCUCGUCCACUACCACUACAACUGCACUCUGCUGGACGGGACUCUGCUGUUUUCCUCACACAACUACGAGAACGUCCAGGAUGCGGUUCUGGGGGCGGACAAGGUGAUUGAUGGGCUGGAUGAGGGUUUGCAGGGCAUGUGCGUCGGGGAGAAGAGGCUGGUCACGGUGCCGCCUCACCUCGGACACGGAGAAAAAGGAGGUUCUGGCGUUCCGAGCAGUGCCGUGCUGCUGUUUGACAUCGAACUGGUGAGCUUUGAGAAGGGCGUGCCACCAGGGUACCUGUUCGUGUGGCUCGAGGAGUCUCCCAAAGAUCUGUUUAGUCUUCUGGAUUUAAACAAGAAUGAAGAGGUGCUACUAGAGGAGUUUAGGGAGUUCAUCAAGCUGCAGGUGGCAGAGGGAAAAGGCCGGAUAAAGCCCGGGCUGACCAUGGAGUCGGUUGUGGCCGACAUGUUCCAAAACCAGGACCGCAAUAAAGACGGAGUGAUAACGGCCAACGAGCUGAAACUAAAGGUGGACGAAGACGUCGAGCGGGAGCAGACGAGGCAUGAGGAGUUGUGAGAAGAAAAAAUACAAUGUUUUGGUUUUCUCUCAGGGAUAAACCUCAAAAAAACCUUAAAAACAUGAACAAUCAUCAGUGAGUGUUUCAGUGUCAGUUUAUUAUCUACGAAAAACUUUGGAUGAUUUAUUUUUUAUUUUUAUGACAAGUAAACAGAAUAAAGGGUUUGUUAGGGAGUUUUUUUUCAAUGUGUUUUAGAAAAUAACAGCUAAGAAACGAGCACCUUUGUCCCUGAAUGUCACAUUAAAGUGUUUGUUGAAAGAGAUGUUUCAUUUUUUUUUCUUGCAGUUCUCUGUUAAACU